AUGUCUAACUUGAGCACUUCAAGCAUUGGUCAAGGCGAAGGCAGGAAUGGGCAGGCGGAAAUGAGUAAGCGGAAAUAUGCGGACAAGGUUAAAGAUGAGGAGGUUGUUGAGGAAAGCGAAGAGGAAGAAGUGGAGGAUGAGGACUUAGAUGAGGAAGAAGAGCUCUAUCCAUCCUUUGGCGGCCUUUUAUCGGGAUUCGCUUUUGCGAGUUCGAGUUAUAGUAGGGCUCCGAUAGGUGCCCUUGCAAUCGCCUCUCGGCCAACACUCCCUGGGAAUCCACCCCCCACGUCUCGAAACCCCCGCCCGAAGAAGCCCUCCCCCGUGAGAAUGGAAUCGAGACUCCCCGCCGGGCCAUCCCCACCACCGACAAGGCCCAAGAAGAAACGCAGAACGAACACUGGCUAUGUACCCCCAAGCGCAUACGCUCACCUGCCCCUGCUACCCGACACCCUCGAAGAAAACCUGAUCUGCGCCUUCACCGGCAUCAACCCGGGCUUAACGACCGCGCGCAUCGGCCACUCAUUCGCGAACCCCACGAAUCUCUUCUGGCCGCUGAUGCACUCCUCAGGCUGCACCCCGGACCGCCGCCUCCCCCCACAAAUGGAUGGAAGAUUGCCAGAUUUGUACUCCCUUGGCCUGGCCAAUCUCGUCAACCGGCCUACUAAGGGUGUUGCGGAGCUUUCCAAAGAGGAGAUGCUGGCUGGUGUUGCGGUGCUGGAGGAGAAGGUGCGGAGGUACAAGCCUGAGGCGGUGUGUUUUGUCGGGAAGGUGGCCUGGGAGGCGGUUUUUAAGGUGCGGAAUGGGAGGGGGAUUAGGAAGGGGGAGUUUGACUGGGGCUGGCAGGAAGGGGUUAGGUUUGGGGUGGAGGUGGGGGAGGGGAGGUGGAGGGGCUGUAGGGUCUUUGUGGUGCCGAGUACCAGUGGGUUGGUGGCGUCUUAUGGGCCAGAGUUUAAGAGGGCUUUGUGGAAGAGGUUGGGGGAUUGGGUACAGAUGAGGAGGGGGGAGAGGGGGGAGAACGCGCCGAGGGUUUUGGAGUGGGAGGAGAACGGUGAGGGUGAGACAGUUAUCUACUGA